UGGCCCGGGGAGCCCGGCGGCAUGAUGCUGAUCUGUUUCUUCUUGGAGAUUCUGGGUAAAGGCUGCACAUUCAUUACAGUGCUGCUCGUGGUUUUCCAGUGGACUUCAGAAGCAGUAAGACCUCUAGAAAGAAAAGCUGCAGCCGUGGGAUCCUCAGUGCUGCUGUCUGCCCCAGACAACAUAAAAGACAUCAACUUCAUCCAGUGGGAAUAUCUAAAUGGCAACAUAUCAGACUUCAUUGUGCAGUACUACGUGGGGUCACUGGAGCCAACUAUCUAUGCGCACUAUGGAGACAGAGUUGUUUUCUAUUCAACUAAUGGCUCCCUCUUGCUGGAAAAACUACAAGAGACAGACAGCGGGGUCUACAAAGCCAGUAUCAAUCUGAUCGAGAGCGAAGCUAGGACAACCCUUCUGAAAGUUCUCAGGCCUGUGUCCCAGCCUCAGAUAUGGAGCAAUUCUAGCCUGGCAGGUUCACUGAUUGAGUUAUUCUGCAACGUGCCGGAGGGAACAGUGGAGAACAUUCACUGGGAGAAAGAAGGAUGUCCUCUCCCCCAGGAAAGAUGUUACCUUCUUUCUGAAAGUCCCAGUGUGUUGCACAUCAGGGAAGGGGGAAAAUCAGACUGUGGCUCCUAUUCCUGCAAUGUCAGCAAUGAUAUCAGCUGGCAGGAAUCCUCACUGAACUUGAUCAUUGUCGGUAUCUCACCUCCUCUAGAACAUGCUCUGAAAAUGUCUGCUGUUGCUGUGGCAUUUGCUCUGGCCUCUGGGAUGGGCUUCUUUGUCUUGUGCUGCCAAUCAGGAAAGCAAAGAAUCAAGGGGGAGACCUGGAGAUGGAUGAUCAUAUUCCUUCAGGGGCUUGUGUGUGUCUCUUCCGUCUUGCAGUUUACUGCCACUGUCUUCUGGAUGCAGGAGGAAGGUCCCUCUGCUGCCUUCAUAUUGCUUGAGAUAUUGCUUGUAUAUGUGAUAAUAGUAACAGCCUUUGUAUCAGCAACGUUGGUGUGUCAGCCUGCAAAGCUCAGUGGAUUUAAGACCAAACCAUGGCAGUGUGUCAUCCUGGACUCUGCAGCCCCUGGAGCAGUGAUAUUAGUGGUCCUGUUUGCCAGCCUCCUACUCCAGAAAAUCUCCCAGCUCCAAGACAGAGGCUGCUCACAGACUGUAGAUCUGACCGGCUACGCAGUCACCCCAGCUGUAAUAUCUCUCCUUGGCCUUCUAACCCUCUUCAUUUGGUAUCACAGGAGCCAAGGAGACCAAAGAGAAAAUAAACGACAUGCCAAAGAGGAAGCAGACCAGGAGGUGCGGCAGGAGCUUGGGGAAGACAUGCUGCAGCGGUCGUAAAGAGCAUUACCUAGUCUCAUGCCACCAAGAAUGAUCCAGAAGAAGCUACAAUCAAAUUUGGAAACCUGUCAUCAUUAUGGCCAGCUCUCGGUAACACCCAUACCUAAGUCUGGCUAAGGCUUCCUCUUGCAAGCCUGUGUGGUUGGUUGCUUAUAAACUUUGCCAAAAUUUAA